UCUGCUCUGUCAUUCCUGUUUUAUUAUAGAUCCUCUCCAAAAUUCACUCUCUCUUAUAAUUUUUUUUGAAGUAGUAAGAAAGGAGCUGGCAUAUGUUUUGUACUGACUUCCUUUUUCACCCCACUGCUUUGCUUUUUUGGCCUUUAGUCCGAAAGGGAACAAAAGCAUAAAUUGCUUGCCACUUCCACCAUUUGAAUCCUCUGUUUUUCUCUAUUUUUCUCAGUUGGCUUCCUUUCUUCCUUUCUUUCUACUUUUAAUGGCCUUUUACCAUCUCUCUCUGUUUUUCUGAAUUUAAUUUAAUUGAAUUGGAUUAAAUCUCAUUCAUUUUGUGAGGUUCAAAGUUGUAAAAUUUAUGGGAUUUGAUGCUUAUUUUUCCUGGUUUUUUUUUAUCAAUUGUUGAAUUAUAAUCUAGGGUUUUAUCAUAUAAAACAGAUAAUUAAGAUCUGCUUUUUCCCCUUUCCCAAAUUCUCCUCGGAUUUUGGAAAGUUGGGACUUUUUAGAUUCCUCAAUUGAUGCUUAUGUAAAAAAAAAAAAAAAGAAAAAAUGUUCUCGGAUUCUAUUCAAGAAAUGCUUCUUGAUUUGAUUACUCUUCACUCAUAAAAUUCUCCACUUCUCUCUGCUACAUUUCAUUUCCUAUCUGUAUUUUCUCUCUCUUUGAAUUUCAAAGGGAGAGGGAAAUAUACAGCAUAACCUUUAUUGUUUAAAUUAUAUAUAUGCUGUUAUUUGCUUUUAUUUUGCAUAGUUUAAACUAUGAAUCAGGGAAUUGAAAUCCUCUCUCCAGGCUCUUAUUUUCAAAAUUCCAACUGGUUAUUUCCAGAAAGCAGAGCUACAAAAUGGACUCCCGAAGAAAACAAGCGAUUUGAAAAUGCUUUGGCUUUAUAUGACAGAGAUGAUCCUGAUCGAUGGCACAAAGUAGCUUCUGUCAUUCCAGGCAAGACUGUAGGCGAUAUAAUCAAACAUUACAGAGAAUUGGAAGAAGAUGUUAGUGAUAUUGAAGCAGGCCUUAUCCCAAUUCCUGGCUAUAGUAGUGAUUCUUUUACAUUAGAAUGGGUUAAUAAUCAUAUUGAUCAUAGUUUUGGUGAAUUCAAACAUUUCUAUACUCCUGGAGGCAAAAGAACCACUGCUACUCGCCCUUGUGAGCAAGAAAGGAAGAAAGGAGUUCCUUGGACUGAAGAGGAGCAUAGACAGUUUCUAAUGGGUCUUCAAAAGUAUGGUAAAGGAGAUUGGAGAAAUAUAUCAAGAAACUUUGUGACUACUCGAACACCAACUCAGGUUGCUAGUCAUGCUCAAAAGUAUUUUAUAAGGCAAAGCACUGGAGGGAAGGACAAGAGGAGAUCCAGUAUUCAUGAUAUCACUACAGUCAAUUUGCCAGAUACUAAAUCACCUUCUCCAGAUCAUAAGAAAUCCUUAUCUCCUGAUCAUUCUACCACCACAAGUCUAAACUCACAGGCACAGCCAAAAAUGAGUGCUAUGGCUAAAGGAUUUUUAGAUUGGAAACCCCAAAAUGAUGCAGGAACAGCAGCAGCAAAUGGGAAUCUGUUGAUGCCACCUUUUUGUGGGAUGCCAAAACUACAAGAGCAAAAUCUGCUAAGAGGAACUCUUCCAGGAUACCAACUGGGGCCUUACAAUUUGAUAUUUCAGAUGCAACCUCAAUAAGCUAUGAGGACUUAGACUUCUCAAGGUAUUGAGGUAGCUAAAAUGUUAUUCAAAGUGCUGUUACGGUCAUUUGUCUAUACCAUAUGAUCAUGAAUCUAUGUGAAUAUAUUAAUCAGGACUUAUGUUAGUCCAUAGUUAUUAGCCUUUUCUCUUUUUUUCUUACUCUUUUUUCCCACAGAUUUAUGGGUUAGUUAUGUUGUGAUUCCAUAUAAAAGUCUGGAUCAUUGAACCUAAAGAAAAGCUUAUUUAUGUGAAGCUCUCAUCUUUUGAUUGAUUGCUAAA